ACGAGUGCGCCAUCUAAGCGAGUUAAAACCGUCCCGCGAAAAGUUACGGAGCCCCACUUCUUGUCUGAACGUCUGCCAGUGAAGACCGGGAGGGAACCGACAAACACCACACAAAAUGAGCGACCUCAGCAAGAACGACGUUGAAAGGGCGUCUUUCGCCUUCUCAAUCUACGACUUUGAAGGCAAAGGCAAGAUCGAUGCCUUCAACCUUGGCGAUCUCCUGAGAGCGCUCAACUCAAACCCCACACUGGCAACCAUCGAGAAACUCGGUGGUACAAAGAAGAAGGGCGAGAAGCUGCUCACACUCGAAGAGUUCCUUCCCAUCUACAGCCAAGCAAAGAAAGACAAAGACCAGGGAGCGUAUGAAGAUUUCCUGGAAUGUCUGAAGCUGUAUGACAAGAACGAAAACGGUCUCAUGCUUGGCGCUGAGCUCACACACACGCUUCUUGCACUAGGUGAGAAGCUUGACGACAGUGAAGUCGCUGAAGUCACAAAGGACUGCAUGGACCCUGAAGACGAUGACGGCAUGAUCCCCUACGCAGCAUUCCUGAAGAAGGUCAUGGCGUAGAAGACAUCACAACUCGUCAUAUCUUUAGUUAUAAGAUCGUAACUUUCCUGCGACGAAUGUGCGAUGGCUGGGACCCUAAAAGACCGAAGCCCGGGACUGAGGAACCGGCGCCGGAAGCGCCCGCGGAGGGCUAAAUUCCUCCGGUGGCGCCCGCAGCCAGCCCGCGCUCCCAGCCACGUCGACAUCCCGUAUAACAUCUUAGAUACGGACAAACCCCUUUUUUUAUACGAACAACAUAAUAUCAACUGUUUUGUACAACUUUCUACCUUUGACUGUACAUACUAAAGUAAGAUUAAAUAUACUGUAAAACACACGUUGUGCGUGUUUUUAAA